AUGCUCGCCUUGUACAUCUUCAGCUAUGACUCCCUUUACCACAAGGGACAAGCUAUCAAAGGUAUCCAAACAGCACUUUCAGACUACGGCAACGUUCUUGACUAUGGUAUCCUUCGCGAUCACGAUUCCGUUCCUCAAGGGAAGGCUGCGCCACUUGAGAUUACGCUAACUCGAUACAACGACAUGCCGCUACAGUUGCAUGGCCCAACUCAGAUGAUCUGUUUCAUGUUACGUGGGCAGAAAUGCCGCUCCAUUGCCUUCAUUGCCACCAAGCUGGUCACGCUACAUCUGCAUGUCCUAAUCAAAUACCUGUUCUUGUUUGUUGGUCAUUCCCACGACCACACCUUGCCUCGUUCACCUUCGUCUCAAUUCAACAGCCACUCAUCCGAUAUCUCCAUGUUAAAACUUGAUCUAUCGCCUAUUGAAAGCCAUAAUGACAAUAUCAUUAACGAGUACACACCUGAUGAUUUUGAUAAAAACAUGCCUUUGCCAACACCACAAUCCACAUCCAGCCUUCUUAGCCAUAUCCACCAUACCUACCCUAUGUCUGACCAAGCCAAACACAUCACCGACACCUUUUCGCUCUUGAAUUUCUUGGUUGAAUCAUCAGCCAAAUCAGUCAACCUUUUGUCUCCUCUGCCCCAUCCUCUCAUUUUCGGGAAGUCCCUCGCCACCGAGUAA